AUGGAGGGCGAUUUGAUUGUUCAGCUUGAACAUGCUGCUCAGAUUAUGAUGGCGCCUCCUCAUCUCGUCACUGGUGAGCAGAGGCAAGAAGCUGAGCGAGUUUUUAUGCAAUUUGGCAAGGCCAGAUGCUCGUGCUCUGCCUUUCAACGUUUGUUAGAGGCAAGCGGAGUUGCAUAUGUGCAGUUUCAGGUCGUGUCUGCUCUAAAGAGAGCCGUGGUUAGAGAAUGGUCAGAAAUGACUCCUCACGGUGCUGACAAUCUCAGAUUAUUUCUCACCAACUACGUGUUGCACCAACCCACUUUGGUGAAGUACGUGAGUGAACAAGUAGUGCAGACUGUAGCAGUGAUUAUAAAGUGUUGCACUCUUGAUUGUAACUACACAGCAGUGAGACAAGCAUUCAUUGAGUCAACAGAUACUUUACUGAAAUCCUUUGACUACAAACAGAAACUGUUGGGGUGCUCACACUUGAGAGCUUUGCUUGAUGAGUAUGUGUCGUUUAACCGAUCGAGUGCUAUGGGGUUUAGUUGGGAGCAGCACUGUCGCUGCAAGAAGUCGUUUGAGGAAGGUGACAUGUUGUGGUUGUUUCUGGUGGUGGUUCAGUUGCUUCAGCAAUAUGCAUCUGUUCCGAGUAUAUCACAUCUUUCUACAUCCGAUUAUGAAGUACUGGAGGCUUUCAUGUCGUUGGCUAACAUGACACUCAGCUGGAAUUUCUCAACAAGAAUUCGUAGCCAUCAUGUAAUCAUGGGAGUUCCCGAAGGGCCAGUGAUACUUCGACCAAAUAGCAAAUGGAACUCUACGUUUCUCAACAGAGAGCUACUUGACAUUUUCUUCAAGUUGCAUAGAAUGGUGUUGGACCACGACUCUCUUUCUCCUAUAUCGUACCAAUGCCUCACGCAACUUGCCUCACUGUCUGGCUCAAUCUUUCCUGCUAGGGACGACUCUGUUUGCUAUCUGAAUGGCUUCUUGGAAGGGCUACUCAACACCAUUAGUUUUGAAAGGAAAUAUAAUGCUCUCGGACUUGCAAACGUUAUCAACAGGCUUGUGGCUGUGUUUGGGUCGGUGUCGUUCACUCAACUUCCGGCUGCUCUACUGACUGCAUUUUUGGACGUUCUGACUAACCUGUCGUGUGUCUUCGUUCAAGCUGCUGCAACUGAGAACAAUGUUAAAGAUGGUGAUACUCUUCAUCAGGAAGCAUUUGACUUGCUGUUGACAGCAUGGACAACUCUCCUAUCUGACUCUGAAAGCUUUCCAAAAGAUUGCUUUACUGAUCGUGCAAGCAGUAUCUUCUCCUGUUAUUUACGAUGUCACAUAGGUGUACCAGAUGGAACACGGUGCUCGUCUUUACCUCUGACUAAUGAUGAUGAGGAUAUACAUGAACUUGAAGAAGACGAUUGUGUUGCAUAUAUGGAUCAGUUGACUGGAGUAGCUGCCUUAGGACGAGCUUGCAUUGCUCAGUCACUUCCACUGCUUGUGUCUGUUUUUCAUGCGAGAGUUUCCAAGUUUACUGACCUUCAAACACACCAUUCUGAUGGGAACCUUGUGUCUCUGCAUGAGGACCUUCAUUGGUUGUUAUUAAUUGCUGGAUUUCUUCUCGCUGAUGAUGGCAUUGGUGAAAUGCUGCUUGUUCCUCAAGAGAUUAUUUCUUUCUCUACAGCUCAGUCGUCUCAUGUAAAUGUACAGAAAUCUAUUGCAUUUUUAGCAACAGCAAAUGGUUUAGGUGACAGCUCUGGGUUAGAUGCAGAUAAUGUGGAUCUAGUGAUUUCUCUUGUUGGGAUUGUAUUGCACCUUGUUGGAUUGGAGCGUCGUUUACUUGAACUGAACAGAAAAGAGUUGCUCAGUCCGCAGGUGAGCAGAUCGUCAGUAUGGUUCUUGCGACGUUGGUGUCGCUCUUAUCUCUUUCCAGACCUUUUGUUGUACUCAAACUUCAGCAGCUUGCUUUCGGCUGCUUUCUCUCAGAACAGUGAUGCUGGACGGUAUCUAGUAAGGCUGUUAGUUGAUAAGGUAGCUUUUAAUUUAAGUGUGUGGACGUCAGAGGAAUUGCUAAUUGUGGAUACUAUUGAACUGCUGUUGGCAGUUGUAGAAUCAAGUCCAAGGGCAUCUGUUUGUAUUGAAUGUGAGUCAUUGUUGGUGAUGGCUCGUCAACUGUCUUCAGAUCCAGCUGGAACUGGCGUGUUUCUUCCACCCAGUGGACAAAGGCUACUCGUGAAGAGUUUAGUACUUGCUGGGUCAGCAGCUCAAGAAGAGUCCACGAAAUUGAAAUUUUGGGAACAGUUUCUUGUUCCCCUUCGUGAGAGGUUUAUUGCUGUUAUGUCAAGACACAAGUCUGCUCAACACAGCAGGGAUGGUUUAUUACAGUCGGAGACAGCAACUCUUCUUGAGUACCUUCAUGGAUUAUGUCUUGGAGCUCAGCCUGGCAACUGUUCAGUUUUGUCACCAAUUGUUGUUCCUCUGUUACGUUUGAUUGUCAGUCUUUUGGAUAUCUACUGCUCUGCUGCUGAGAUUAUUGAAGUGGUACUGAAGACGUUCGUUGCAGCUGCUGAAGUGAUGUUGCUCUACAUUGGUGAUGUUGAGUCAACAGAGUUUUUCCAUGUCAGUCUAGACUUGAUGAAAACAUAUGCUAAAUGCAAUACAGGGAAGUACACUGCAUCAAGAAUUGAGGCAGAGGAAAUGUGUUACGACUUGCUGUUGUUCAUGCAGCUAUUGACCAACUUGAUUUCAAAAGAUUUCUUAGACUUUGCAGAAUCAGAUGAAAGUGGACUUUGUGCUGAAGCUGUUGUUUAUCCACCAGCCGGUCGUACAUCUGCUGUUGAUGUUGUGUUGUUUGGUCUGAGUGUCGUCGUGCCGCUUAUGAACAUUGAAAUGCUAAGAUUUCCAGGUUUAUGUCUUCAGUACUUCAAACUAGUCAAUUUUAUUUGUGAAGUGCAUGCUGAGAAAAUGAGCGAUAUUUCGAACGAUCUCUUUCAAAGUGUAAUGGGAUCUCUUCAACUGGGCAUAGACAACUUUGGUGUGGAUGUAACAAAACUGUGCCUUGAAGCACUGUCUAGCAUUGCUGAUCAUUGCUACAAACAGCACAAAGAAAUGGUAACAAAGACUGGUGCCGAUGCUGCCACCCCGAUGCCUGACCUGCCACUUCCACUAGUACUAAAACGUUUUCUAAAGGUGCUUUUCGAUUCUCUCGUACUUCAUAAUUUCGACUUGGAUCUUCUUCAACCCGGAGCUGAAGCCUUUUUCUCACUUAUUUGCUGCCAUCCAUCUGAAUAUGCAAGUCUUGUUCAACAGUUACUUGAGACUGAGAAGGACGACGUGAGCCGAGACAAGGUGCUCUCAGUAUUUAAUCGCUUGACUCCCUCGACUUUGACACUGCAACCUGAACUGAUGAACAAGCAUCAUUUUCGUAAAAACUUUGAUACAUUCCUUCACGACAUUCGAAGUGUAGUUAGCUCAAAAUAGUUAUCU